GAAAAAAAUAAAAUUUCAAGUUUUGCAAUAAAGGUAUUUGAACACAUCGAUAAGAGUUUGUUUUUCUCAAAGGGUAAUAAUUAGGAAAUGCAACACUAACUUUGUUUGCUUUUGUUUACAUUCUGUAUUUGGCACACAAUCCACGUAGCUUUCUUAUUUGUUGUGAAUUAUAUGUUCUUAUUUGAAAUAAAGAUAUAAAUAAAAGUAAUUAUUGUUAAAAAAGUUAAGAAAAUGGCAACUGGUUGUGAUGUGGCUGAUUUAUAUAUAGCAACUCUAAGGGAGCUAAUUACGUUUAUGCACCCAACACAGCGGCUAGAUUUAAAAGCGGUGUCGUUAACACAUGUGCUCUCUCUAACUGGUUCUGAAGAUGGUAAGAAAGCCAUACUACUGCUAGAUGAUGUGCUUGUAGCGCUUUUCAAUCUCACGCCCGAUGACAAUCACACCAUUGCAAAAGACGCAGUGCUCUGCUUAAUUAACUUGACCGCCGAAGAGGAAGGCGCUGCCAAGGUUUAUGAAACCGCCAAAUCUUUAAACCCGGCGUUUCCUUUACUCACGGUGGCAAUUACACAAAUAACCGAUGAAAAGUCACGGACAGCAGAUCCAUGGUCAAUGGUAUUAAGUAAUUUAACACGUAAUGAAAAUUUAGUUGAAGAAAUCAUUAUUGAACUGGAAAAGGAUAAAAAGACUCUGCCGAUUUUGUUAAAAGCUUUUACUAAAUUGGACUACAACAAAGAAAAGGCCAAACUGCACUAUUUGGCGCCCUUUUUCUGCAAUUUAACACAAAGCGGAAGAGGCCGGGAGUUAGCUUGCAAUGCCAAAUAUUAUUUUCUCGAGAAAAUUUUACCUUUUGCCUCAUACGAAGAAUCAAUUGUGCGACGUGGCGGUACAAUUGGUAUUUUGAAAAAUAUUUGUUUCGAUCCCGUCUAUCACAGCAUUAUACUCAAUGAUGAAGAUGACAUUUUGCAUGCCAUAUUGUAUCCGCUUUGUGGACCGGAACAAUUUGAUGACGAAGAAAAUGAAAAACUUCCAAUACAAUUACAAUAUCUACCUGAAACUAAAGCACGUGAAGAAGACCCAGAUUUACGUAAAAUGCUUUUGGAAUCUCUGUUGCAGCUAUGCGCCACAAAACGUUCUCGGGAAUUUCUGCGCUCCAAAGGUGUUUAUGAAAUACUACGGGAAUAUCAUAAAUGGGAGACGGAAACAGGCAAAGAUAAGGACUGCUUGAUGGCGUGCUUGAACGUCGUCGAUAUUCUGAUUAAGAAAGAGGAGGAAAUUGGCUUAGACAAUUAUAAGGAAGUGGAAGUGCCUGAAGAUAUAGCUGAUAAAUUUGUGAAAGAAGAUGAAGAGUAUAAGCAAAAUGUUUUAUAGAAAGUGUAGCAAAUAAAAAGCAUGCAUAAUUUUUUUUAUUGCUCAGCAUAAUAAAAAUAUUCUAUAAAAAAUAA